GCCGCGAGCGAGCUUCCGCGCCGCCCGCACGCGCGACCUACCUGGGCGCCCCGCGCCCCCGGAUGCUGCAGGUUACUCAACGAUAGUUAUGACCUCCCGGUUACGUGCGUUGGGUGGAAGAAUUAAUAAUAUACGCACCUCAGAACUACCCAAAGAGAAAACUCGAUCCGAAGUCAUCUGCAGCAUCCGCUUUCUGGAUGGCUUGGUACAGACCUUUAAAGUUAACAAACAAGAUACUGGUCAGGUUCUUCUGGAUAUGGCAUACAACCACCUGGAUGUGACAGAAAAGGAAUAUUUUGGUUUGCAACAUGGCGAUGACUCAGUAGACUCUCCUCAGAGAUGGCUUGAAUCAAGCAAACCCAUCAGGAAGCAGUUAAAAGGAGGUUUCCCCUGUACCCUGCAUUUUCGAGUAAGAUUUUUUAUACCUGAUCCCAACACACUGCAGCAAGAACAAACCAGGCAUUUGUAUUUCUUACAACUGAAGAUGGAUAUUUGUGAAGGAAGGUUAACCUGCCCUCUUAACUCAGCAGUGGUUCUAGCAUCCUAUGCUGUACAAUCUCAUUUUGGAGACUAUAAUUCUUCCAUACAUCAUACAGGCUAUCUUUCUGAUAGUCAGUUUAUACCAGAUCAAAACGAUGACUUUUUAACAAAGGUGGAAUCGCUCCAUGAGCAGCACAGUGGGCUAAAGCAGUCAGAAGCAGAAUCUUGCUAUAUCAACAUAGCACGGACCCUCGACUUCUACGGAGUGGAACUGCACAGUGGUAGGGAUCUGCACAAUUUAGAUCUAAUGAUUGGAGUUGCUUCUGCGGGCAUUGCUGUAUACCGAAAAUACAUUUGCACAAGUUUCUAUCCUUGGGUGAACAUUCUCAAAAUUUCUUUCAAAAGGAAAAAGUUCUUUAUACAUCAGCGACAGAAACAGACUGAAUCCAGGGAACAUAUUGUGGCCUUCAACAUGUUAAAUUACCGAUCUUGCAAAAACUUGUGGAAAUCCUGUGUCGAGCACCAUACAUUCUUUCAGGCAAAGAAGCUACUACCUCAGGAAAAGAAUGUUCUGUCUCAAUACUGGACUCUGGGCUCUAGGAACCCCAAAAAGUCUGUAAAUAACCAAUAUUGCAAAAAGGUGAUUGGAGGAAUGGUAUGGAACCCAGCCAUGCAGAGAUCUUUAUCUGUGGAGCAUUUAGAAACCAAGAGUCUCCCUUCUCGGUCACCUCCUAUUACUCCCAACUGGCGAAGUCCUCGGCUCCGGCACGAAAUCCGAAAGCCACGCCACUCUUCUGCAGACAACCUUGCAAAUGAAAUGACGUACAUUACGGAAACCGAAGAUGUGUUUUACACUUACAAGGGCUCUCUGUCCCCAAAAGAUAGCGAUUCUGAAGUUUCUCAGAACCGAAGCCCAUACCGAGAGAGUUUAUCCGAGAACCAUCCAGCCCAAAGCCGCCUGACCCAGAAGUCAUCCAGUUCUGUGUCUCCAUCUUCAAAUGCUCCAGGCUCCUGCUCACCAGAGGGUGUCGAUCAGCAGUUCUUAGAGGACUACCACAGGGUGACCAAAGGGGGCUCCACUGAGGACGCCAGCCAGUACUACUGUGACAAGAAUGAUAAUGGUGAUAGCUACUUAGUCUUGAUCCGUAUCACACCAGAUGAAGAUGGAAAAUUUGGAUUUAAUCUUAAGGGAGGAGUGGAUCAAAAGAUGCCUCUCGUGGUAUCAAGGAUAAACCCAGAGUCACCUGCGGACACCUGCAUUCCUAAGCUGAAUGAAGGGGAUCAAAUCGUGUUAAUCAAUGGCCGGGACAUCUCAGAACACACCCAUGACCAAGUGGUGAUGUUCAUCAAAGCCAGCCGGGAGUCCCACUCGAGGGAGCUGGCCCUGGUGAUCAGGAGGAGAGCUGUCCACUCGUUUGCUGAUAUCAAAUCUGAAGAUGAAUUGAACCAGCUUUUCCCUGAGGCCAUUUUCCCCGUGUGUCCAGAGGGUGGGGACACUUUGGAGGGAUCCAUGGAACAGCUAAAGAAGGGCCUCGAAAGCGGGACAGUGCUGAUCCAGUUUGAGCAACUCUACAGAAAGAAGCCUGGUUUGGCCAUCACAUUUGCAAAACUGCCUCAAAAUUUGGACAAAAACCGGUAUAAAGAUGUGCUGCCUUAUGACACCACCCGGGUAUCACUGCAGGGAAAUGAAGAUUAUAUCAAUGCAAGUUAUGUGAACAUGGAAAUUCCUGCUGCUAACCUUGUGAACAAGUACAUUGCCACUCAGGGACCCCUGCCACAUACCUGCGCACAGUUUUGGCAAGUCGUCUGGGAUCAGAAGUUGUCACUCAUCGUCAUGUUGACUACUCUCACAGAGCGAGGGCGGACUAAAUGUCACCAGUACUGGCCCGAUCCCCCCGAUGUCAUGGACCAUGGCUGCUUUCACAUCCGGUGUCAGUCAGAGGACUGCACCAUUGCCUACGUGUCCCGAAAAAUGCUGGUCACCAACGCCGAGACUGGGGAGGAGCACACAGUGACACAUCUCCAGUACGUUGCAUGGCCUGACCAUGGCGUGCCUGAUGACUCCUCAGACUUUCUGGAAUUUGUAACCUAUGUGAGGUCCCUGAGAGUGGAUGGUGAACCUGUCUUAGUUCACUGCAGUGCUGGAAUAGGUCGAACCGGUGUGUUGGUCACUAUGGAAACAGCCAUGUGCUUAAUUGAGAGGAACCUGCCUGUUUACCCACUGGAUAUUGUCCGAAAAAUGCGAGACCAGCGUGCCAUGAUGGUGCAGACAUCAAGCCAGUACAAGUUUGUGUGUGAAGCGAUUCUGCGCGUGUAUGAAGAAGGCUUAGUCCCAAUGCUGGAUCCCAGUUAAGAUGACUGUGAAAAUGUUCAUUCCUCUUUCCCAAGAGCAUCCUUUUUAGCUGCGGGAAAGGAAUGAGCACAUUUGAACCCAGGCACUUUAACUUUCUGUAGAAAAGGUAUCGUGUACAUAGGAACUGGUGUAGAUACACGCAUGCAGUUAGGGCGCAUUUAGCCCAUAUUCCUAUGGUGAGAAAUAAGCAAAGGAGGAACUCAGUUUGGGGCCCGUCCUGAUGCCUUACUCGCUGGACAUCACCAGACCCAUUGAGAGGGGACGCGAGCAGUGCUUGUGACCUCCCAGAAACGAGAUGGUCUGGCUAUUUAGGGCUGCUUGGAUGUUCUGUGUGUUUAUGUGUGUAGGACUAUAAGGGCUGUCUCUGUGCUUCUAGGCAAAGCUGGAACAGUUGUGUCCACUUGCCCCUGAGGCUAUGGAAACCCUGAUGAAUGUUCUGAAGGGCAGGGAAGUGGGAAUUCAGGCUGAAGGACAAGCAGCACCUUUUUUGCCCUCCCUUCCUUUGUCCCAUCUCCCUGCCACUUCCGAUACUCGUGCUUCUGAGAACCGUGUCCAGAACGCCCCUGCUUUUCUCCCCGCAUUAAUCCCUCUCAGGGUCACACUCCGUGCCUGAACCAGAUUGGUAAUGUAUGUUCAGGUGAAUUUUCAGCUGCGACUCUGAGAAUUAGGACUCUCCAUGUCUUCUUGUCAUUAUGUGUCUUAGUUUUAGAAGCAGGUGUGUCUCUUGCCUCUGCUUGCCUCCUACUGUAUACUCAGAACCCAGGACUGGAAUCACUGACUACUGAAUCUACUACAUGUAUUGCUGCUACUUCAAGCUACUACACUUGAAACGUUACAAUUUUCCUGAGGGGAGAUGGGACAGUAUCAUCUAAAUAUUCAGCAUCUUUGGCCCUUCUGAGAAAAGAUCGUCUAGUAAUUGAACCAUGGGAAACCCAGCUUCUAGAGGGUUGUCCGCGGGUGUGUGUACGUGUGUGUGUGCCCUUGGGUGAGUGUUUCUCAGGAUUCCUAACUUGAUUCGUAUUACUGUUGAGUUUAUGUAAAGAAUGAGUCUCUGUAUAAAAGAACAAAUGGCUUCAUUCACCCUCAGUUACAAUGGUCUCCAUUUCAUUUCAAAGGAGAGGAUCAGACCAUCUGAAUAUAAACACAAUUCGAUGUUAAUUUAUUCUAAGUACACCAUGAUUUUGAUUGUCUUAAAGAAUUCUGCCUUUGUGAAUACUGUGUUAAAUUUUUUUUAAUUUGUGACAGGAUUGUAGCAAAUUUAUUUAAGGAAAAUAAAUUACAUAAACAUUUUAAUGUGGUAUUUUUUAAUAGCAGUUUUUAUGUUUCCAGAAGAAGCUAAAACAGUUUCUCAACGGUAUUUAUAGAAAAAGAAUGCUUUCAUAUCAUAGUGCACAUAAAUGAAACCAUUUUGACAUUUAGCAAACUCUGGACCAAUUAACUAGUUCAUCUUCCUGGUUGCGAAAUGGAUGAAGACCUACACAGGGGUGGGCAGGUUUCUAAAAGUUGUUUAUCUUUAGAACUAGCAUAUUUACUUAUAUAUUUUCCAUCUUUUCCCUAUGGAUAUUUUACUGCUAAAAGACAGUGUUACACCGUGAUGUAACCCCACAUCGUGGAACAAAAAACACCAGGAAGUUUGGAGCUGAGGAGUAGGAGAUUUGGUUCCAGAUCCCAUUCAACAGUAACUAACUCUAGGCCUAGUAACUUAGGAGCUCUACCUCUAUCUGCAAAAUAAGACAAAAAAUACUUAGGACUCUAGGUUGAAUGUGAGGAUUGAAUAAGAUCAUGUAUUAGUGUGAAUUUUCAUCAGCUGGAAUAUGAACUGGCACUGCCAUGGAUGAGUUACUUGGAAAAGUUAACAGUAAUUAGCUCAAAAACACAACAAACAAGUAGAAAAAUGCUUUUCUUCUAGAAGGGAAGAGCAAGGGCACACAGGAGUAUCAUAACAGUACCUUUGUCCAAUCUGGACACAGAAAAAUUCUCUCUGCACAGCACCAAAAAGAGAAGGGGAUGCUGGCGUAAAUUUAAAUGCCAUCAGGAUAGUUAGUAAAUCGUUGCCAUUUGAUUAAAAAUGCGUCAUCACGUGUGCAAAAAGCUUAAGAAGUCUAAAUGUGUUGAGAUUGGUGUUUUGUUAUAUUUUUUAAAACAAAGCGUUUAAAUAUGGAUGCAGAAAUGCUGCUGUUAUGGUUCCAUUAAUUUCUAAAAAAGCAUACCAAAGGUUGCAGCUGGCCUUUUUCUGCCACUAUGCAGGUCAGCAGUUCAGAGCCAGCAGAUGUUGCCAGGAACAAAAUUCAUGAUAUACUGGGAAGAACAAGACAAGAGAAUUAUCUGAAAGAGCAAAAUGUACAAAUAAAUACUGUAGAUAUUACCAAAUAAAAUCCGUAACUCAUGAGUUCUAUUUCACCACUUUAUACUCUGAAGCAAUUAUGCUUAAGAAGGCUUUUUUAGUUCUCAGUGAGGAACUGCAUCAGAAUCAGGAUAAAUAUUUUGCCUGGGAAAUUUGGCUGGAUGUGAAUGGAGAAGACAUUUACAUCCUACAUUCUGGCGCUUUCUGGAAGAUCUAAUUAGACACAUUGAUGUGCUGACUUAAUCAGGAUGGGAGAUUCCCACUGGUGUCACUCUAAAACAUGCACUUGGUGUUUUGACUUUUCAGAAAGAUUCAACUCGAUUUGGCCGUGGAGAAGGAAGGAGCAGGGUGACUGGAUCACACACUUGUACUGGUCUUUAGUUUCCUCCCACGGUAAUUUAUACUUAAAUAUGCUUAUAGAUUCCUGUAGAUGCUACUGCUACUGUGUUGGUGGUUGACAUUUUUUGUUCCUCAGAAAUCAUCUGAGAGUAAGCAACAAGCCUCUUCAUUCUCCAGAGGCAACAAAGGGCCAGCAUCAAUGGGGAAGGAUUGUGAGGCAGGACUUGGGUCUAGACCUGGACUUGCAAAGAUGUGUCGCCUGUGGCCCUCACUUUCCUCAUACGUAAAAAGGGAAAGUUGGGCUAGAUUAAAUGAGCUCAAGAUUGAUCAUGCUGGGAGUCUGAUAUUCCAGAGAAUCGAAAUGAUUCCUAAACCAAAGCUGUCUAGCUGCUAGAGAGAUAUGUAUCACAUUGUUCGUGACUUGUCCCCAAGAGAUUGUCCCUCAGACCUUGGCACUGUUGAAUGAGAAGACCAGGAUUGCCACCCUUUGGUUCUUGCCUGCCAUCCUAAACCGAGAGCAGUCUCAGUAAAGAUGGCAAAAACUGUGACCUCGGCCUGGGGAACCGGACGCAUGGGAUUCAUAUGGCCAGCCUGUCCCACCAUCACGUUCUGUUUGGAGCAACCAAAGCAUUCGUGUUAAGUUAUAUCAUUGUGAAAAGUAUCUUAACUGAUUAGCAAUAUUUCUUCUGUAAAUUUGGAGUGUUUUCCGUUCUAACCUGUUCUGUCAAUGACUGUGCUGAAAAACAAUUUGAUCAACAUAAAAACA